AUGGGUGAAAAUAAAAAAUACAGUGAUAUUAAAAUUCGUGUCGCGAAACGUGAAGACAUGAAUGCUGUUGCUGAAAUGAUUCAAGAACUUGCUGAUUUUGAGAAGAUGUCAGAUGGCCCCAAAAUAUCUGCUAAAGAUCUCCAGCAUGAUGGAUUCGAAGCAAAGCCUCCAGCUUUUCAAUGCCUAGUGGCAGAGGUUCAGGAAAAUGCCAAGAAUCCUAUAGUGGGAUAUGCCUUGUACUUCCCUACAUACUCAACAUGGCAAGGCCGUGCCAUGAUGCUUGAGGACUUAUAUGUGCGAUCUAGUGAUAGAAAAUGUGGAGUAGGCAAAAAACUCUUCAAUGCUGUUGCCAAGGAGGCUUCAUCAUCAGGAUGUUCACGACUGGAAUUUCAUGUGCUGGAGUGGAAUGAUGCAAGAUCAUUCUAUGAAAGGAAGGGGGCUAUUAAUUUAACCAAUUCAGAACAGUGGUGUUACUACCGACUGUCUGGAGAUUCUUUGCAACAGGCCGCUAAAGAAGCUGACUCAUAA